AGCUGUGGAUUCUUGUAGAAGACUGAUAGCUGUGCCAACAUUUGUCCACAAUAGAAGAUGGGUGGAUUAAUUUCAAGGUGGAGGCAGACAAAGCCUUCCACUGUAGAAGUAUUAGAAAAAAUUGAUAAGGAAAUACAGACACUAGAAGAAUUUAGAGAAAAAAAUCAGAGACUGCAGAAACUAUGGGUUGGAAGGCUGCUUCUCUACUCUUCACUUCUUUACUUUAUCACCUGCUUAAUUGUAUAUUUAUGGUGUCUUCCUGAUGAAUGGACAGCAAGGUUGAUUAUGACACUUCCAUUUUUUGCAUUUCCAUUGAUAAUCUGGUUUAUAAGGACACUGCUCAUUUUUUUCUUUUCCAAACGGACGGAAAGGAAUAAUGAUGCGCUGGAAGAUUUAAAGUCUCAAAAGAAAAAAAUACUUGAGGAGGUAAUGGAGAAGGAAACGUACAAGAAUGCUAAAUUAAUCCUUGAAAGGUUUGAUCCAGAGUCAAGUGCAAAGGUGGCUGAACUUCCAUCUGCUGGAACAGCUGCACCCUCAAGACCUGGACAAGAAAUUCGUCAGAGGACCACAGCUCAAAGAAAUGCUUCUACACCCCCGCCUGCAACUCCUAAACAAGGCUCUCCAAAAUCACCGGUUCCAGCAUCUCCUAAUCUGCAGAGAGACACAUCAGCUCUGAGCGGAACCCCAGAAAGAACUGUUGUUCCAUCCUUGCAGUCAAAUGUUUUACCAAAACGCCCUGGAUCCCCUGCUACUUCGGUGCCUGGAAUGGGUCUUCAUCCUCCAGGCCCUCCUUUGGCAAGGCCUAUUCUUCCUCGAGAAAGAGGAGUUGUGGAUAGGGUUAUUGAAUAUUUGGUUGGCGAUGGUCCUCAGAACAGGUAUGCCCUUAUAUGUCAGCAGUGUUUUUCUCACAAUGGCAUGGCUUUGAAGGAGGAGUUUGAAUACGUAGCAUUCAGGUGUGCCUACUGCUUUUUCCUGAAUCCUGCAAGAAAAACAAGACCACAGGCUCCACGACUUCCAGAGUUCAGUUUUGAAAAAAAGCAGUCUACAGAACUGCGAUCUGAAACUGAGCCUCUAGAACCUCGAGAGAGCAAGCCUAAGGAGACUCCACAGACAGAAGAACCUAAAGAAGACACAGCCCAGAUCAUUGAGACAAAUGAGACAGACGAUAAAGCAUCAGGUUCUGAGCAACUAAAUAAGCUACCUGAAGAAGUUGAAAAAGAAGCAGAAAAUAUUUCAACAAAUGAAGACUCUAUUUCAGAGUCUAUUUCAGCUGAACAAAGUGAAGAAUCUUUAAUGAAAGCAGAAUAA